AUGGCAAAGACGGCGGCGAUCGGGAUCGACUUGGGGACGACGUACUCGUGUGUGGGUGUGUUUCAGCAUGGUAAGGUCGAGAUCAUAGCGAAUGACCAGGGCAAUCGGACAACGCCAUCAUACGUCGCGUUCACAGACACAGAGCGCCUGAUAGGAGACGCGGCGAAGAAUCAGGUCGCUAUGAAUCCCUCGAAUACAGUCUUUGACGCCAAGAGACUCAUUGGGCGGCGCUUUGAAGACGCGUCGGUUCAGUCAGAUAUGAAGCACUGGCCCUUCGAUGUCGUCUCCGAUUCCGGCAAACCUAAGAUCCGCGUCGACUAUAAGGGAGAGUCGAAGUCCUUCUUUCCCGAAGAGAUCUCGUCGAUGGUGUUGGUGAAGAUGAAAGAGAUCGCGGAGGCAUACCUGGGCGGACAGGUGUCGAAUGCUGUGGUGACAGUUCCGGCCUAUUUCAACGACAGUCAGCGUCAGGCGACCAAAGACGCCGGAACUAUCAGUGGUCUCAAUGUCCUGAGGAUUAUCAAUGAGCCGACGGCGGCCGCCAUUGCGUACGGACUCGACAAGAAGGGUCAGGGAGAGCGCAAUGUCCUCAUCUUCGACUUGGGCGGCGGUACGUUCGACGUGUCGAUCCUCACCAUCGAAGACGGCAUCUUCGAAGUGAAGUCGACGGCCGGAGACACCCAUUUGGGAGGCGAGGACUUCGACAACCGAAUGGUCAACCAUUUCGUACAGGAGUUCAAACGCAAGCACAAGAAGGAUCUGGCGGUGAAUAAGCGAGCGCUGCGUCGGCUGAGGACGUCCUGCGAGCGCGCGAAGAGGACGCUCUCGUCCUCCACUCAGGCGUCCAUCGAAAUCGACUCACUCUUCGAGGGCAUCGACUUCUACUCGACGGUCACGAGAGCGCGCUUCGAAGAGCUGAACGCAGACCUGUUUCGCUCGACUCUGGAUCCGGUGGAGAAGUCGUUGAGGGACGCCAAGCUCGACAAGGCUCAGGUGCACGACAUCGUACUGGUCGGGGGGUCGACACGGAUUCCCAAAAUCCAGAAACUGCUUCAGGACUUCUUCAACGGCAAGGAACUCAACAAAAGCAUUAAUCCCGACGAAGCCGUCGCAUACGGGGCCGCAGUUCAGGCGGCGAUCCUGAACGGCGACAAGAGUGAGGCCGUGCAGGACCUCCUACUGCUCGACGUGACCCCCCUGUCGCUGGGCAUUGAGACUGCGGGCGGAGUGAUGACCACUCUUAUCAAACGCAACACAACGAUACCGACCCGUCAGACGCAGACAUUCACGACGUAUUCAGACAAUCAGCCGGGAGUUCUGAUUCAGGUGUAUGAGGGCGAGCGAGCCAUGACUAAAGACAACAACCUUUUGGGCAAAUUCGAGUUGACU